UCCUCGAAAACUCGGUCGCGGGCCGAGGCCGCCAUCUGACGAGGCCCCGUCGCGGAAGGCUGCCCGGCUCCACCAUGGCUGCCGCGGUCCGCGCCGCGGGCUGCCUCCCCGCUCUGUGCGGCGUGCCGGCCGGUCAUUUAUGGGCCAGGCAGCUUUUCCUAAAUGCUUUUCCAACAACCUCCAUUUUGGCGCUCAAGACUGCCCUAAGCAACGGCCCUUUGUCAUCGACAGGAAUCAGGGGCAACCGUCAUUACGCCAGCUUGACCCCUGUGCUGCAGACACAAUGCUGUAUUUAUUCUCCCAGUAACUGGAUGAGCCAACAGUAUAGACCCUAUAGUUUCUUCAUUAAAUUGACAGCAGAGGAGCUCUGGAAAGGAGUUUUAGCAGAGACUGGUGCUGGAGCAAGAAAGGGAAGAGGCAAAAGAACCAAGAAAAAGAGAAGAAAGGAUUUGAACAGGGGUCAGAUCAUUGGUGAAGACGUUUUUCAGUGCUUUCAUACAUGGCGUUCUGGUUUCCUCUGGCCUGGUCUGAACGUUCCCCUUAUGAGAAAUGGAGUUGUGCAGACCAUUGCCCAAAGAAGCAAGGAAGAGCAGAAGAAGGUAGAGGCCAACAUGGUCCGGCGGAGAGAAGAGCAGGAACAGAAGAAGAAAAUUAAGGUUAAACAGGAGCGAGGAUGGAGCGGAAACACGUGGGGAGGUGUCAGUCUUGGCCCUCCUGACCCUGGUCCCAAUGGAGAAACAUACGAGGAUUUUGAUACCAGAGUACUUGAGGUAAAAAACGUUUUCAAUAUGACAGCAAAAGAGGGAAGAAAGAAAUCGGCCCGUGUCCUGGUAGCUGUGGGGAAUGGCAGAGGUGCUGCAGGUUUUGCGGUUGCGAAAGCUGCUGAACGGACGGACGCUUUCAGAAAAGCCAAGAACAAAGCAGUUAACGUUUUGCAUUACAUAGAACGCUAUGAAGACCACACAAUCUUCCAUGAUGUUUCUUUAACGUUUAGAAAGACGCAUAUCAGGAUGAAGAGACAACACAGAGGUUACGGCCUCCGCUGCCACCGGGCCAUCAUUACCCUGUGCCGGCUCGUUGGCAUCAAAGACAUGUAUGCAAAGGUGUCGGGACCCGUCAAUAUGCUCAGCCUCACCCGGGCCUUCUUCCAUGGACUGUCCCACCAGGAGACUCACCAGCAGCUGGCUGACAGGAAGAGGCUGCAUGUGGUGGAAUUCCGGGAGGAGUGUGGCCCUCUGCCCAUCGUGGUUGCCUCCCCCCAGAGCACCUUGAGAAAGAAUCCAGAGCCAGAAGAGGAGGUUCCUAAUAUCAGACUGGACUGGAACGAUGUGAAGACCAUGCAGGGAAUAAAGCGCUCUGUGUGGUCAGGGUUGAAGAGAGGCGCCACCUGAAUGUCUGUCCCCCUGGCCUUACAGCAGCCAUGUCUGGUGCUGCCCAGCUCCUGGAAGAGACAUGACGCCUCACACCUUGGAACCCCACUUCUGUUUUUUAAGAAAAGGCCAACCUUAUCUCCUUUAUUUACAAAUAAUAAAUAAUUACACCUUUCA